AUGCGUAAGGUGCUCAUUCCUAUCGUUGCAGUGCUCUGCAGCAUCUUCGGCGAUGCCAGAGGAGCUGAUUUACAAGACGUGCUGGCGACACUAACAGAAGGUCCGUUGGCAAGACUUCUCGAUUCGUUCAUUGAUCCACCGCCACGAACGACCGGAUUUGAAACACUCGUGCCACAGCGAGACAUACGGCUGCACUGUACGAAAACAUCGGAACCACGGUUUGAGGAAGUGUUUUUCGGCGAUAUCAAUGUGCAGGACAAGAUUAAUUUCUCCCUCCCGUUGACGGUCGCUAUCCAUGGGUGGAGGGAUAGUAGCAAUCUUACUUUGUACAAUGCGCUUACCGGUAGCUAUCUGCGCCAUGUGAAAAACACCAACUACUGCCUGUUGGAUUGGAGACCGUACGCUGAGUUCGGGUAUCAGAUUACGGCUCGAAAGAGUGCUCCUCAGGUGGCCAGCUAUCUGUUCGGAUUUCUGCAAGGUAUUAGUUUGCUGUACUAUCCGCUAGAAAAUGUGUCUCUCAUAGGGUUUAGCAUGGGUGGUCAGAUUGCCGGUUUGACAGGCAAGCUAUUGACCGGUAGAAUUGGAACAAUUUACGCACUCGAUCCGGCUGGACCUCUGUUUUCCCAUCCCUUCGAUAUUGGACCGAUGCGACGAUUGGCCGGUACCGAUGCAAAGUAUGUGCAGGUGAUCAGUACGGCACGUUACACGGUAGGAUUUGGACCACUUGUGGGCACGCAAAACUUCCUACCGAAUGAGGGUUACCAUCCACAAGCACCGUGUAAGCCAAAGGACGAUGGGAUUGGGGAGUUCGCCAAUGCGCUGCGCUGCAGUCAUCAAUAUGCCGUGAAACUGUUCAUCGACAGUCUGGAUCCGGCCAAUCCUAUCGUGGGACAGAAGUGUACAAAAGUGCUUGGAGCAAGGGUAUGCUUAUUCCAGCCAAAGGACCGAUUGGGUAUUUACGCCAAAAGAACACCAGGCAAUUUUUACUUGUAA